AUGUUUCGUUUGUAUAGAAAAUACAUAGAACGUAAAAGAAGAAACGCGUUGGAGGGAAAGGUUGUGAUCAUCACUGGGGCUAGUUCUGGUAUAGGUGAAGCUUUGUCCCAUGUGUUUUAUGAAUAUGGCUGUAAAGUUAUAUUGGCUUCUAGGAGAAAAUCAGAAUUGGAAAGAGUAAAACACGACUUAAUGUGUAAGAAAGUUGAAUAUCCUGUUCCCGAACCCCUGGUUAUUGAAUUAGAUCUGUCUGACACACAUCAGUUUGAAUUAUUUAUACAAAAAGUACUAGAUUCUUGUGAAAAAAUAGAUAUCCUUAUUAACAAUGGUGGAGUUUCACACAGAGGGUCAAUAAUUCAUACAAAAAUGGAUGUUUAUGAAAAAAUUAUGAAUAUAAAUUACUUUGGUUCUGUGGCUCUUACUAAAGCUGUAUUACCACAUAUGAUUGCAAGAAAGACUGGUCACAUUGUAUUUGUCAGUUCAGUGCAAGGGUUAAUAGCCAUUCCAGACAGGUCUGCAUAUGCUGCCGCCAAACAUGCUCUUCAAGCUUUUGGUGACUGUCUUCGUGCAGAAAUGAAUCAAUAUAACAUUGAUGUAUCUGUUGUAAGCCCAGGAUAUGUAAAAACAGCUGUUUCAAUUAAUGCUUUGACUAGUUCUGGCAACAAUCAUGGAGUAAUGGAUAAAAGCACUGCUCAAGGUUUUAGUGCAGAAUAUUGUGCCACAAAGAUUCUAGAUAUGGUUGUUAAUAAAAAUAAUGAAGCUAUUGUGAGCCAAGCUGUACCAAGACUUGCAGUAUACCUACGACAAGCUUUUCCAUCUUUAUACUUUUAUAUCAUGGCAAGGAGAGCAAUUAAAACUGCAUAA